AUGUGGGCAAUAGCGCAUGAGCUCCUCUGUGACAAGAUCAUCGCGUUGGCAUCGGUCGGAAGUAUCAGGCCAGAUCUGUUCAGAAUAGGGGAUAUUGCUAUACCAACGGACUUCAUCGAUUUUGCACCCCAACGCGGAACUAUGACGUUUUGGGGUAAUCCUGAUGUUGGUCCUUUUUCGGGUGAAAAAGGCCGCAUUCACUACACGCCCUGUGACCACGAUGAUCAUAUUUGGCGCAAAAAAAUUGCCGGUACGCUCUUCCCUUUCCAAGAAGGCCCCCAUACAGUGAGUCUCAGUGAGGCGAACGAAACAGAAACGGAUGUCGUCUACACGCAGACCAAUGGUCCUCGGUUCGAGAGUAGGGCUGAAGUACGCAUGUUGCAGAGAUACGGGCAUUUGGUUGGCAUGACUUGUGCUUCAGAAUGGACUUUGGCCGGAGAGCUCGGAGUACCGUACGCUAUCGUGGCGAUGGUGGACAACCUCGGCAAUGGUCUCGACUCUGGGAUUAACGGCAACUUUAUGAGCGAAUAUCAGAAACAUCGGAGGGAACAUUUCCAUACUACGGGAGCAAUUCUGGAUCAGAUUUGCAGGAAGGCACGCGAGCUGUUGUUGUAG